GCCGGUGGUGACCGUACACCGACCGGAUCACAGACUCUUGUUGUCAGUCACUUUCCCGGCGAACAGACGGCAGCAGCAACAGCAGCAGGCGGAGCGGAGACGGCAAUCCCCCCACACGCACACAUCUACCCCACCCCUUUCAAAAAACAAAAAAAAAAAAAAAAAAACGGAGGCAGGAGGGGAACAAAACCUUGCGGGACACCUGUGCUGCUGGAUUCCCUCUUUUGGGGCUUUCAUGAACAUUAUUAGAAACCUAAAUUCACACCCAGUUUUUGGGUUAUGUGGACGAGCAGCGGAGAUCAGUAAAACUGGGAUGUAGACGCAGAAAAAAGCGGCCAAAUCUGCUUCGAUUGGACUGUGGCGAAGCCGUCGGCGGCACCACCAGUAGCACCAGCACCAGUAUUGGUCGGUCGGCGGAUGGAGAUGCGUUGUGAAGGCGGAGGGAUGAUGAUGAUGAUGAUAUAGCAGGUUGCUGCAGGGUCGUGCCGCAUUGCCUGGCCGCCGCGAGCGACGCCGGGGAGUCGGUGAUGCUGUCAUCGUCAUUGUGCCACAGAAAGAGAGAGAAAGAGAGGAGAGGCUCUGACAUGGAGGGAAGCGGAUGUCUGUCGACUCCGAGCUCAGGCCGCCCGGAUCAGCAGGUUGGAUGUACCGCCUGAAGGCUGGAGGACCUGAUUCAUGAUAUACAUGGUGGGAAAUUGUGAUAAAGUUGAAUUCUUUGUGGUGGAACUGAUUUUUUUCUGUGCGCAAAAAGUGAAUGGCCCAUAUGUUGAUUAUGCAUCACAGGAGCAUCAUAGCAGCUGCGUGUGUGCCAGUUCAGGGUGGAUUACGUCUACAGAGCAGCAGGCCUCCAUCUGAAGUCAGCUACUGAUCAGGAAAGCGUGAAGAAAACACUUCAGUAUACUUUCUUACCCUGUUGCUGCUCCGGGGGUAACCAUUUGUACUGGUGUUUCAUUGGAAGCUGGUGUGGUGUGAUCCCCCGUGGAGGGACAGCUGUUGCAAAAGAUGACUCACUUACAGGCUGGUUUGUCUCCAGAGACCCUGGAGAAGGCCAAGGUAGAGCUGAAAGAAAACCCUGAGACUUUACACCAGGACAUCCAGGAGGUCAGGGACAUGAUCAUCACCAGACCGGACAUCGGGUUCCUCAGGACAGACGAUGCGUUUAUCCUCAGAUUCCUCCGAGCCAGGAAAUUCAAUCACUUUGAGGCGUUCCGGCUGCUGGCACAGUAUUUUGAGUACAGACAGCAAAACCUAGACAUGUUCAAGAACUUGAAAGCAACUGACCCGGGCAUUAAGCAGGCCCUGAAGGAUGGUUUCCCUGGCGUGCUCUCCAAUCUGGACAGAUAUGGCAGGAAAAUAUUGGUCCUGUUCGCUGCCAACUGGGACCAGAGCAGAUACACGUUUGUGGACAUACUGAGGGCUAUCUUGCUGUCACUGGAAUCUAUGAUAGAAGAUCCCGAGCUGCAGGUCAACGGCUUCAUCCUCAUCAUUGACUGGAGUAACUUCACCUUCAAGCAGGCAUCCAAACUGACUCCCAGCAUGCUGCGACUGGCGAUUGAGGGACUACAGGACAGUUUUCCUGCCAGAUUUGGAGGGAUCCACUUUGUGAACCAGCCCUGGUACAUUCACGCUCUCUACACCGUCAUCCGACCCUUUCUUAAAGACAAGACAAGGAAGAGGAUUUUCAUGCAUGGUAACAACCUAAACAGCCUCCAUCAGCUCAUCCACCCAGAGAUCUUGCCAUCGGAGCUUGGUGGGAUGAUGCCACCCUACGAUAUGGGGACAUGGGCUCGAACACUGCUGGACCACGCAUAUGACGAGGAGACUGACUACUGUCCAGAGUCCUACACCCUAUCAGUACAAGACCUGGAGAGAGACCUGGAGAAAAACCUUUCCCCAAAGACCAUGAAGAGGUCUCAGUCGGUGGUGGAACCGGGAGUCCUGAAGCGACCAGACAAAGUCAAGAGCGAAGAAGACAACAUGCAGCCGCUGCUUUCGCUGGACUAAACCGUGCAGUCACAGCUCAAAAGCAUACUCAAAUCAAUAUUUACACACACAAAUACACUGACUUACUGUGCAAAAGCAACACGCGCCCUGAAAAACACCUUCCUCCAGGAAAUGCUGCUGCUGCUACUGUUGGAUUCACCUUUUUCUCCAAAUCAUGGAAAAGCAAGCAGCAAGAGAUGAGAAGGACGUUUCCUCAGACUUAAGGGCAUCCUAAGAGCUACUGAUGGUGUUCUAUAUAUUUAUUUAUUUAGUUAUUUGUCAAGUGCCAAUUCCAGAAACUGUAAAUUAACGUCUUUAAACAAUCCAGUAUGGAGCAGGGAAGAGACACUCAAGAGAGUGAGUUGUGAAAGUAUAGAGUGUUUACUGCACUUGUACAGGAUACAGAUGAUAAAGAAUGUGGAAAACUGAUCAUGAAACUUCAAAGAGGGCUUGGGGCCAGAGCUCUUGAGCUACAGUUUUUCCUUUUUUUGUACAGUAAUUUGAGGAAAAAUGCCCCAUAUGGGCAAGAAGCACGGCUCAGGAUCUGCAGCAGUGAUGGCGAUCAGCUUGUUUAACCUCCUGGACCCAAACUGGCAUACAGGCAGUGGGUUUACUGGGAGCUUAUUGGGUGUUUACUGGGGGUUUGGCAUCUUUCCUUUGAAAACAAUGGCCGAACUCUUGGUUCUCACUCCAGUUAUCUCUUGGAAAAGCAAACCCCCCUUUACGGUAAGAGUUGGCUCUAUGUAUCAUUUGGUUUUUUUUGUUGUUUUUCUUUUUAGUCAUUCUCUCGCUUGUUUCUGACCCAUAUGUCACAGAGCACAGUGCUGUCUUCUGCCAUUAGGGAUAACACAAAGCUGCUGUCUCUUAUUUUUAACAUAGACGCACAUAAUUACAUAUUUGUUUGGGAGACCAAAGAUGUAUUUUCUGAAUUUCGAUGGACAAAUAAAUGAGGCAAAACUUUGUAGAAGCAGGGAAAGGCCAAGUGUAUUAUCUUCUCCUGUGACGUUGUGACACAUUUGUUGGAUGUAAUGACAUUAACGAGCUUCUGAAAACAUAUUCCCAUCAUUUUAACACGGUAUGCGUAUUAGAUAUUUAGAGAUUAAAGCAUCACAUUGGUAUGUUGUUGACCGAUUAUUUCCUCCUGUAUACAACAAAAGCAGACUUUUUCCUUUUUUAAAUGAUCCCAGGCUGCCAUUCACAGUUUUUAAAUCCAUUUGAACUUAUUAUUAGUAUUUUAUAAGGCAUUUAAAAACCAGCUAUUUGUCGUUUGACACCCUAUAAUUACCAGAUUAAUCUGAAGAAUUAAAAUGCCCACAUCACUGUUUGAUGAGAAAAUUAUUCCAUUACCACUGUCAGGAAGUGCAAAUUUUAUCCUUUUUGUGUUAAGUGUUUGGUUUGCAGCAUCUUUAAGGAUACCCUCUGAAGCAUGAGAGUGCUGUUAGAACAUCCUGACAGCACCUGAAUGCACCGAGACAUUUUCAAUGAGGUAAUUGGUUAACUUCAAUAAUUUAACGAUUCAGCUGAUAAUGACACACAGUGAUUAAUAAUUUAUUAAAUCCUGGAUUAGAGUUAAUUGUAUUGUUAGAAUGGCUGCAGUUAUUUUCUGUACAGGGCAGUUAAAAGGCUUGUAUUAAGUCCUAUUUCAGGCUAUCUGUCACUGAAGUGGUAACAGAGACUGCACUUGACAUUUUAAAAGGAUAUUAAGGCAAACAAAUUGUUAAUGACUAAAGUCAAAACCAUCCCUAUAAACAGAUAUCUGUAUAAUAAUAUGCAUGAAACCAUCCCUUGUUUCCAACGGAUAAUCACAUUUGAGUUUGUAUGCAGCCAGGUAAAAAGUCAGUCAAGCAAUCAACUGUAGUCUGAUGAUAAUGUCUCUAUUAUUAGAUGUCUUAUUUCAAAGAUUCAGUUCAGCAGUCCAGCUCAUAGGUUCACCAACUGUAGUCAAAGUAAUACCAGCUGUCUGCUGCAUUUGAACCCUUUAACAUCCUGAAGCUCUGUCCAGCAAAAAAAACCCAAAUUCCCCCAUGUGAUGUUCCGCUUGUUUUACUUUUGCCUCUUUCACUUUGUUUAUUCCACCCUUUGUGUUUUUUAGAUGGAGAAGGCUAACUAUAGAUACGAGGAAAUAACGAUAACAUAGUGCACUCAAAAUUAUGAUUUUUGAAGUGAUCCUCCUAAAAAGAAUCAGUUUAAACGCUGAUGAUGUCAUUAUUAUAUGUAUGGCACAGUCAGCGUUUACUCGAGUUCAGAGAAAAGUGUAACUUUCAAGUGCAACAUUUUAUACUAAAUUAUAAGAUUAAUUACUUUAGCAGUCCAAACUGUCCUUUAGAAAAUAGUAUUUAAACUGACACAGUUUGUUAAGUUAUGUGGAAUUUCUCCAUGCAUGUAGCCCUGAAGCAGUUUGACAUACUUUAGUUUAGGUUCUUCUACAUCAACUAUUCACCUUGGGCACACGAAGUGCAAAGGUGUGACAACCAAAUGUUAAGAAGGUGAAGAGCACAGCGGGAAGGAAAUACGCGCCUCUGAUGGGCAGAGCAGCAGAGUGAGGCUGGCAAACAGACAGCCGAGCAGAUCACAGAAUAAAGGCCGGCAGGCAGGGGAGCGUGAGGUGGCCCGCUGCAACGAGAGCAGACAGCUGAAAUGUUAAACUAUCACACCAGCGCACACGACAUGUCAGCCCCGCUUACCGCAGCUCAGAGGCUCUACAGGCUGUAUCCUGUGCAAAGUCGAGUCAGACUUGUUCUUAAUGGUUUCUCCUUCGGCUCAGUGUGAUCCGUGUGCUUCCACUGAGGUUUAACAUCAAACACAGAGAGAUAAUAAUCUGGCAGUGUGAUGGCGAUACUGUGUUUUUACUGAAUAUGUGAUCAGCCUGAUCCUCUAAGAGCAGACAGUAGCUACAGAAACAGUUUGAAUAGGCUGUCAUGACACAUAUUAUUGUAUGAUUAAGUCCAUUGUAGGGUCUGAUUCAAUUUUUAUUAUAAAUUCAACCUUUGCUGCAUCUACUGCUCGAACUUUGUGUUCAAGGAGUAAAUUAUUUAUUUUCAGAAAGAGGCACAUAAUAUAGAGUUCAGACCAAACCUAGAUUUCCACAAGGUGUACAGGUGUAUGAUAUAUCUGUGCAAGAAUUUUGCCAUUUGUACAAUUACUCAUUAUGACAAAAUCCAUAAAAUAUACAAUUGGUUCAAUAUUUUUUUCAUGCAACUAAAAUGCUGUGGAGCUUAUUUGGAACCAACCCGAUUAGUCAUCAUAUGCUAAAUCCGUUCAUUAUUUCAUUAUAUAACUGACCUUGGAUCUGUAAAUAAUAAUCCACUCAUACUGCUGCCAAUACAUAGUCAUCCUAGUACGUCAAACGUUGUCUUUUUGUCUGUGCUGUCGCACAAAUACCUAAAAGCUGCCCUCUGACGUUGGUAGCUUGACACAUCGGCUGUGGCAGAAUGAGACAUGAACAGACAGUGGUCCUGUUUUUGCAGAGCAGCAGACAGACAGUGGUGGAGUGUCCACGUUUUAUUUUGCUUCGUUUGCACUCACUUUUUACGUUAAUAGGCUGGUUAGGUUUAGGCAUCUCAAACUCCUUUUUUAGUCCAGUUGGCUAAGACGAUAUCUUGAUUUGUUUUUAAAUAUGCCAUUUGCAACAGUAAGCCUGGACAUGUAGGUAAUCCAUAUAAAUCUGAUGAAAAGACGCAUUUUAGAAGCACCCAUACAUAACCACUUGGGUGUGGUGUGACAGACCUGUCUCAGUAGCUGUUGUAUUAUGGCACAGGUGGCAACGAACACCGUGUGCAUAACUGUGAGACUUCAGCUGCUUUCUCAAAAUGGCAAUAUUUGAUGCCCAAGGAAGUAGAAAGGAGUAUCUCUCCUGACAUCCCAUAAAACCAACAUCAGUAUUUCCUCUUUUGUAGAUGGAGACAACUUAAAUGAGUAUAUUUUGUUGUGUGAUGUAAUUGUCUUAGUUUGUCACCAAGUAAAACUACUUAGAAAACCACAAACAGUACAAGGCUUCUAGAAAACCGGCCGAUGUAAUUGUUUUAGCAUCAGUAUUUGGUUUAAUUAUAAUGCUGAUAUUUGUAGACAGAAAACAAGAUCUUUGAUUUCCUUUAAUAAUCCGCUUGUAGUUCUACUGACCAAUCAUGUUGAAGCAUGUUAAAGGCUUGUGCUGGACAGUGGAGAACAAACACAUACUUUUAACUACAAGCUCUAAACCAUAGGCAAUUAUUUGAGAUUAAUUCAGGUUGUUACUUGCUUUUUAAAAAUUCAUAUUUAACUGUGUUUUAAAAGAAGCACAGGGAACAGUCAGAUAUUGACCAGUGUCCCCAAAAUCGAUAGAUUCCCAGAUUGAUUCUGAUGUUGCUGACAGCAGUAGUGCUUUUGCAGCCACAGUUCUUAGUUCAAAUGCCCCUGUGUUCUCUUUCCUGAGAAACAAACAUUGUUGUCAAUAUAUUUCUCCCAUUUUAAAUAUGAUUAUGGAAUAAAUACAGCAAAAGACAAAGGUCAUCAUCAUUUAUUUCUCAUGUACUGCAAAAUUUGAAGGUUGACAUACCUGCUAAUUUGUCUUUUUAAGCUAUAACUGACCAAUCACUGUUCAGGGGAUGGAUUAAUGAGAAGAUCAGUUCUCUGUAAAACCCAGUUUAGUCAGCUACAACUAAGUUUUUCUGCAACUGCUGCUUGCUGGGUUUUUGUUUCUGAGAGUCAAUACAAGUCAAGUUCAAUCUAGACAUUUUUAUUAACAACAGCUAAAAAACAUUUUUUAAAAUGAUCAUAAUCAUCUCUUCAACAUUGAACUCUAUUAAAAGGAAACUGCUUUUGAUACACUGCAAUGAUUGCAUCAUUAAAAGUCAUUUUAAGGGAAGAAACAUAAUAUGUGUUAUUUGAACUCCUUUUGUGAAGGCAGCACUCUUUGUUUACAGGAUUUUAGUGCCAAAGGUCUCUGUGACUUCUCGGCGCUUAUGACUGUGACAAAAAGGGUAAUAGGGAAGAAAAUUAUAGAAGAUUGCACUGGCAUCAUUAUCUGAACCUGCACACUGUCGUAUUUCCUACAGAAAACUCCAGAUAUGCUAUCAGCCUUAAUCACAAAAUGGCGCUGAAGCAGUAAAGAGGCAGCGCAGAAUCAGACAUGUGAGAUGAAAAGGAUUAGGUAAGCGCUGCAUACCACAACUUCUGACUGACAGCCAUGCUUCUGUGAUUACUUUAUCCAAAUUCACCUGCAGAAUAAUUGCAAAUACAAAUUUAAAAGUACAUUUCAUUCAUGUGAGAUUUAUUUGCAGUCAACCCAGGUUAAGCCUAAAUGUUUUGCAGCAAUCUUUGAAAACAUCAAAGCAUCAAAGAUUGGAGGAAAAUGUGAUCCACUUAAAUAUCAUGCUUUGUGUUACAGACCACAAGUCACAGGGGAGGGUUACCACAUACCUGCUUGGCUGUUUAAUCAUCCUUUUAAUUCACAUUUUAAGACAGCAACUUCAUUCAUCAGUGACAUCUGAUGAGUCGUUCAGACGUUGGUUAAUAAUUAGGAUUAAUACAUAAGGCAUGGUUCAUGUACCAUGUAUGCAGAUGAUAAUAAUUCUGACAGCGGAAGGCCUCACUGUACUUUGCUGUUGCAUGUUGAUUUGUUCAAACACCCACUUUCACACAGUUAAUUACUCGCAAUGUAAUUACAUCAACUCCUGCUGUUUUUCAUCUUUAACAGGAAUGUAAUGGUUUGUAAGUGCCAGUGUAGCUAAACAAACUAAACAGUAAGUCAGACGAUGGGGUUAAUAUUCAACUAAAUAAUGCCAAGUCUCCGAGACUAAAAUGGUUAUCCUGCAAGAAACAAAUCACAAAACUAUGGAUGGUGCGCCAUUAUUAAUUCAUCUACUGGUUUAUUUUAGUCUUUCUCACAAAUUUACAGCUUUAACCUGGUUUACUUCCCUGCCUGGGUUCAUUCUUCAGUUUCAGCACAUUUCAUCACAGCAGCAUUUCACAAAUGUGUCCUUUUCUGAUGUUUGUUGUCAGUGCUGGAAUUAGUUCACUACUAAUGAGGUAAAAGUCUAGAUUUGUUAUCAGUAUCAGUGCAGAUGUCAAAAAACAAACCUGAACAGUAUUUUCAGACCAUUCGAACUUAGAGUAUAAAUGGUCACAGUAGUUACUUGAGUAGACCAACUUCUGGCAGUCAUGAGGAUUUUUCCAAGAGCACUUUGCAAGUUUAAAAUUAUCAGUCACACUCCAAACAACAAAGUCUAAUCACCUUUUGUUCACACUACAAUAGAAAGCUGUUGUCAUCAUGUGUUUUGGUUGCUGGUUUUGUUCACUAGAUGUUGUGGAUAUAUUUUUCACAAAACUCAUGCAGUAGAACAGAGCCAAUACAGUCUGAAUAAGAGAUUCAGGAGAAAAUGUAAAGAUUACUACCAUAAACGGACACACACACACACACACACACAUGGUCACUCACACAGCCACUGUAGAUGCUUCCAGUUGUUAGGAUAAAAAGUUUACAUGAACUAAACAUCUGUAUACUGCUUGAAUAUAGCUAAACUGUAUCUCACUCAGAGCGUCCUGCAGGUUCACUGAUUAUUUUUAAGGUUAAUGUUGGUAUCAGAGGUUGUUUUGUUCAGUUGUAAAUCUAAAUAGAAUGAAAUGAGACACAGUGUUUUAUUACAGAUAUACUUUAUCGGGUGAUGCUUUGUGCUUUACCACACAUGCAAGACUUUUUCUUUUCUCUUGUCAGUAUUUUAUUAAAAUUGCUAUCUAUCUUGUUUAUUACACAGAUUGUUGUAUGAAGUGUAUACAGAAAUAUGAGUUUAAGAUCUGUUCUUAUUUAAGAAAUUCAGCAUUUCGAAUGUUAUUUCUGUGUUAUUGUUAUGUCAUUCCUUCUGAUUCUUGGAUCAAAGUAUUGCUGGGCACAUUCAGACACCAGCUAUAAGAGAUGUAACAGUAUAUCAGGCUUUGGGCUUUUAAAAAAAUAAUCAUCCCGGAAGCAUUCAUGGAGGUCCUCAAAUGUUUGUAAUUUUAUCUGUAAUUUUAAUAAAUCUGAAGUCAGCAAUCGUAAAAAACAAAACAAAGCAAGAGCCAAAUGCUGCUUUUCUCCCAUGCAACAUAUCAUUUCAUGACACACAAAAAAGAGAGACAUGAAUGGGACAUCUGUGAAUUCAUUUCCAGUCUUUUUUUAACUACAGAGAAGCCCAAAUCUGCAACAUGAGUUCAUUUGUUCUUCAUUUAAUUUUGAGUAGCUUAACUAAUCAUAAUUAAUGCCGUAUUUGCGCACCACUGAGCAUGGAACGAGCUCUGCAGGAGUUGCAGAUGUAUCUGCAGUUUUCAAGUGACUUUGCAGUUUGAAGCAGGGUGAAUCACAGCUCAGAUUGCAGCACUUUAUCAGCUCUUUGACACCUGAACUUUUCUUUUUUUUUUAAAAAAAAAUAUGAUUGCUUUCUUUACUGAACAAACACAAUGAUAAUCUAUAGCCAGCAUCAGUUUGAAAAAAAUUCACACCAAACAAAAAGCUGCUUUUGUUUAUAGUAGCUCCAAAGUGUCACAUUUAUAUUUGUCCUUUCACCAAAGUAAAUAAAAAAGCUAAAAUUUUCACUUCAGUCAGAGUGACUGAAAUCACCAUCCAGGGACCAUUAAAGGGAAAUGCAUCUUAAGGGUUAAUGUGCUGAUAAAUCCCAGCAAUACGAUUUUGCUCGGUGUAAAGUUAACAGCUUUUUUCAGCCAAAAAGCCACACAGAAAACAGGCACCUGCAAAACUAGUGUUGACUUCUGUAAAUGAUUUAGUUUCUAUAGUUUUCAUCCACAGUUAGCAUAUAUAAUUCUGACACAAUGCGGAUAUUAGGGGCAGAUUUAGUUUAGUUGGCUGUUGAGAAAUUCUCCAUUCAUGCACAACAACAAAAGCAAAAGGGGACAAUAAGCUUGAAAUGGGACAUUUGUGAUUAUCUACCCCUGCACGCAGAUCUGACAGGUUUUUGUCUUUGGUAAUUUUCCACCUGCUUCAUGUACUUUAUCAUUUAUUUAACAGGGUUGUUUAUAUUGCAGUGUAAUUUUAUUUUAACAAAGCAAUAGAAUAGAAAUGCACUUUCUGAUCUUCCUCAAAUAAAAACCAGAUUUGCAUUGGGGAAAAGCAGCCAGAAAGCCAAUAGAUCAACAUUGCACAUGUUGAUGUGCGUGCUCUUUAACAUUCUUUAACAGAUGAAAAUACAAAUUUGAAAAUGUUCCUUUUGAAAGCAGGACCACACGUUGUGACCGUACUGCAUGCAGCUAUCACUUUCCUAUGAAUACAGUAAUCAUCCAAUGUUGACUUCCACGAUGGCUCCCUGUGUGAUUAGAAGCAUAUUUGAUAUGAAAAUACAAAGCUUCCAUACUUUGAGUGGCAUUUUUCAAAUUUAGGACAAAGUAUGUAAAACAAUGAAAAUGCAAAUCAUGCCUGUUUGGCAGGUAGUAGAAGACAGGACAUUGCCAUCACUCAUAGAAAUGGUUUUGGGGUACUGUUGGCCUUCAUUUGGUUCAGACAAUUGAGUCUAAAUGGCUUGAAAAAUGUGUCUAGUUUCAGUAAUGUACAUUAAAUGUUCUCUGCUUUGUGUGCCUCUCUGUUUGACAGGCAACGUAAGCCACGUUGAUUAGCAUAACUUUGUUUUCCAAGAUAACGGAUGUGUAAAACUGGCAGAAGUCGCAGCACGUGUACUGUAUAGAUUGGGUUAAUUAAAUAUCCACAUGAAGAGUUUUGUUCCAAAGUGAAGAGAUAAAAAUCACAUUAUCUCUGCAUAUAGCAUCAUAACGUCUAGUGUGGAAAAAGUUAAACAAAUCUUUAACAGAUGUAAUAAUCAAGUUUCAAGAUGAUAUUCCUGUUCUUUUGAAAUGAAACUCUCCAUCACAAGCUUCGUCAGUGUGCUGUGGACUUUGUAAUGAUUUAUGGACCAGCAAUGUUUAUUCCCCACUGACUUUGACUAAUGUUUGAGUUCUCUCUGCCAAAGCCACUUCUUCCAUUAGAAAUCCAAUGUAUUGUUUCUUAUAUUUAAGUAUUUGUGCAUUGAAGAAUUCAACAUUAAAUGUCAUUUUUUUAAAUGACUGAUAAUUGAAAAUGAAUGCAUACCUUUCAAUUUAUUUGAUUUUCCUACCAAUGUUAUUUGAUUGUAUAGUUACAGUAGGAGCUGUAGGGAGACCAAACUACAAAUGAAUUGUGAAGUUAUUAUGGAAAGCCAGUAUAUUAUAGGAGCAAAACGCUGUUCAGUUAGCAGGUGUUAAAUGUAUUAAUGUCCUCAAAGACAAUUUGCUGAAAUGUAAAAUGAUCAAAAUAAACAUGGACACACGCA